UGUGUUCUUGUUGAACUUUGCCAUCGUGUCGUUUUUUCUUCGGGUAUCUUGCCUUAAACGCCGUUUAUUUAAUUUAUAGUUGGAAUCGGCAGACGCACAACAAACUAGCCAUGGGCCUGCUACGUGCCUUGCGUGUGAGAAUCAUGAAUUUCAUGAUUUUCUUCCUUAUAGUUAUCCUCCUGCCCAACCUGCCGCCUCGCACCACUUUCCCCUACAAGGAAUUUACUGUGACACCGCCCAAAGAACUGAAGGGGGCGCUGGAGCCGAACUUUCACCUGGAAGGCGCUGAGCGUCUGCUGGAGGGGCGUGUGUAUGGCCCCGAGUGUCUUAUAGCCCGCAACAAUGAGAUCUAUACCGGCAUUCAUGGCGGUGAGAUCAUCAAGCUAUCUGCCAGCCAUGUCACCCAUGUGGCCAAGAUCGGACAGCCCUGCGAGGACAUCUAUGAGGAGUCGCGCUGUGGCCGCCCACUGGGCCUCGCCUUUGACACGCAGGGCAAUAACCUGAUCGUGGCCGAUGCGUACUACGGCCUCUGGCAAGUCGAUUUGAAGACUAACAAGAAGACUUUGCUGGUGUCGCCGGCACAGGAGCUGGAUGGCAAGGUCAAGCGACCGGCAAAGGUUUUCAAUAGCGUGGCCGUCGGCAAGCAGGGGGACAUCUUCUGGACGGACUCCUCGUCUGACUUUACCAUUGAAGAUCUGGUCUUUGCCAGCUUCGCCAAUCCCUCGGGCCGUCUAUUCAAAUACAAUCGGGCGAAGAAUGUCAGCGAAGUGCUGUUGGACGAGCUGGCCUUCGCCAAUGGCAUUGCGUUGAGCCCCAACGAGGAUUUCCUUGUGGUGGCCGAGACCGCUGGCAUGCGCCUGAUCAAGUAUUAUCUGCAGGGCGCCAAGACCGGCGAGAGUGAGGUCUUUGUCGAUGGUCUGCCCGGCCUGCCCGAUAAUCUGACGCCCGAUAGCGAGGGCAUUUGGGUGCCAUUGGUGGUCAGCGCAGACAGCGAGCAUCCCACAGGCUUCAACAUCUUUUCACGCUUCCCCAGCGUACGCCUGUUCCUGGCCCGCAUGCUGGCCUUCUUUGAGCUGCCGUUCCGCUACCUGAACAGCGUCUACCCGAACAAGUUCUCGCAGCGCUUCGUUCACUUUGUGGGCCACAUGGAGAGCAUCACCCUGCUGUCGCCCAAGCGCAGCACUGUGGUGCGUGUGGACUGGAAUGGCAACAUUGUGGGAUCGCUGCAUGGCUUUGACAAGUCCGUGGGCGCCAUUUCGCAUGUGCUUGAGUUCCAGGAGUACCUCUACCUGGGCUCCCCGCUCAAUCAGUAUCUGGCGCGCGUCAAGUCACCCAAGGCCAAGCAGCCCACGGUAAAGGUGCGCAAUGUGAGGACUGAGGGCGAUGGCCUGGAGGCAUCCUUCGGUGCACCACCGACAACAACCACGCAGAAGCCAAAGGCCACAACCACUACAACAACAACAACCACGCCAAAACCGGCAACGACAACCACAAAGAGGCCAACGACAACCACCACCACCACAACAACAACCACGACAACAACGAAGCCACCCACUACUACCAAGGCACCCACAACCAAGCCACCGACAACUAAACCACCAACAACAACAACGACAACAACGCCAAAGCCUGCUGCAUCAACCACGAAGCGCACAGUGCCCACAAAACCGGCGCCCAUCGAGGAACACAUUCCAGCGGACACGAAGCCACCAACCAAGGAGAAGCUCAAGGUCAUCAACAAGCAGGGCGUCAACGUGGAGCUCUAAACGGCAACCCUUUGAAGUUUGUUUAGGAUAUUCCCAGCAGCGAGAGAGAUUCGGUAGAUUCACGUAGUCAAAGCCAAUGACAGAAUCAAAGUUCACUUUACGUUUCUUUCUCUUUAUGCAACCCCCCACACAUUUAUUUUUCGUGAAACAUUCCACUCAGAGGCCUCAUGCGAUGCCAGUUAAUUUUAGUCGAAACGUAGCUAAAUUCUAACUAGCUCGAAGCCUUAGCUCAAAUGAUUCUCUCACUCUCUCGGGCAGCUCAUUAUAUGCCACGGUUUAUAAUUCGGUUUUGCUACAAAGUCCCC